GAGCUGGCGGGAAGAGUUGCCGGACGGAGGGAGCUGCUCUCUCGCUCUCUCUCAUUCCCUCUCCUCUUAGGCUGAAACUACAAUGCUGUAGGCUAACAGCGGGUUAUACCGGGCAGAAAACCUAUGUACAUAUUCCAGAAAGCCAUGAGGGAAACUAUGCCACAGACACCGAUAUUUUCCAGCAUGCUCGGGACAGGAUGCCGAGGACAGGUGACACCAGACACCGGCGAGAGGAGUGGUGAUCCUGUUUAUCAGGAUGGGAAUCUCAUUUCUGGAUCCCUGGAGGUCCUCAUCCAGCAUCUGGUACCCACCAUGGAUUACUACCCAGACAGGACAUACAUUUUCACCUUCCUUCUGAGCUCCCGUGUCUUCAUUCAUCCUCAUGAGCUCUUGGCUAAAGUUGGGCACCUCUGCCUGAAGCAGAAACAGCAGCUGGAGACCGGGGUUGAAGCAGAAAAGGGGAAGCUCAAGGCCUUUGCCACAAAGAUAAUCCAACUUCUGAAGGAAUGGACCGAAACAUUUCCAUACGACUUCCAGGAUGAGAAAUCUAUGAAGGAGCUAAAGGAAAUUGCUCACCGGAUCACCCAGUGUGAUGAGGAAAAUGGAACGGUCAAGAAGAUCAUCAGCCAGAUGACACAAGAUCUUCUGAUGGCACUCGCUGCCCGCAAUCAGUAUCAAGAGAUCCGGGAAAAGUUUCGCCAACCGGUGACCGACAAAGGGGCCGUCCUCAAAACAAAGCCGCAGGCAUCCCAGAAGGACGUUCUGAGCGUAUGCUGUGACCCACUGGUCCUUGCGCAGCAGCUCACGCACAUCGAACUGGAGAGGGUAAGCAACAUUUAUCCAGAAGAUCUCAUGCAGAUAGUCAGUCAUGUGGACUCCCUGGAUAACCACAAGUGCCGAAGCGAUGUUACGAAGACCUACAACCUUGAAGCCUACGACAAUUGGUUUAACUGCCUCAGUAUGUUGGUGGCGACAGAGAUUUGUAAGGUGGUGAAGAAAAAACAGCGAACAAGAAUCGUGGAGUUUUUCAUUGAUGUGGCAAGAGAAUGCUUCAACAUUGGGAAUUUCAACUCCAUGAUGGCCAUUAUUUCUGGCAUGAAUUUGAGUCCCGUUGCCCGGCUAAAGAAAACAUGGUCCAAAGUGAAAACAGCCAAAUUUGAUGUUUUAGAGGUAAAUAUGUCAUAGCUUGCGCUGCAUUGGGUCAAA